UCUUAUAACUUCUGUCUAACCCCAUCUGCCUUGUGAGCCUUCUUUCACAUCCUAAGGCUCUAUUUUAAAUUUCUUAGCAAAAUGCAGCAGAUGCGGUCACGGCACGAUGUGAUGGCUGAGUCAUCCCAGCAAACACUCCCGCGAAUCUCACAAUGCAGCCCCCAGACCUCACGCGCUGCCCUUUCCCUCCCGCAUUGUCACCCUACAAUGCCUCACUCGUUAUAUAUUAUGAAACACGCACUGUUUCGCUGUUUCUACGUCAUUUUCUCCCCACACUAUCGCUCUACAACGCCAGGCUCCUGAUUCGCUUCCCCUAAUCGACCGCAUUCAACGCGACGCAACCACGACUUCGUAUUGCACGAUGAAGCCGAAUAGCUUGAAGAGCUCCAAGUACGCGCCGAAGACCCCGCUGGAGACGCUGGCCCUCUCCAAGGCGGAGAAGCUAAAGCAGGAGAAAGAGAAGGCGACGCGCUUGCUCGGGAGACUCCGCUGGAAGGCCGAGUCCCUCAUCGCAUCCUACCUCCGGGCAAUGGAGAUAUUGCAUGCCGAAAUAGAGUACAAUGGGCAUUUGGAUCGGCAUCUAGCAUCGCGGUACGCUUUCGUGCUGGGCACGAAUAGUAAGCAGGCAGAAAGCAUGUUCAAAGUCGACUUCUUUGAGUUCUAUACCCUGCUCGAGCGCUAUAUCACCGUCUGCCUCGGGGUCCUCGGCGUCAGCGUCUCCGCGACCGCCCCUCGAACGAACGUUAACGCGCUCCGUUUCAUCACCAACCCUGAUUUACAAAGGAGACGACCAGAGGCAGCCCACGCCUUCCAUCAAAACCUGUUGGAAGCACUGGAUGACGAAAACUGCGCGCUACGUGCAUCUCUCGGAAACCAGGAGGUCCGCAUACAGCUGGGUCUGGCGAAGGACUAUCGGAACGCGUGGAAAGAUGCCGAUGAGAACAUCGCUGCUCCGGAAAAGGAACAUCACAACGGGGAGUCGCGCAAGAAUGUCAAGCUACAAGACCUUGAUCUGGAAAGGAUGCUCAGGCUCUUGUUGGCUGGAUGUGAACACGCACACGGCGUCGUCCAAGGACGUGACCCCAGCUUCAACGGCAAUGAUCUCACCAGCAGGGACUUCGAGCCGGAGGCCUAUGCCGACGAUAGCAUGGAGACGGACGAUGUUCCUUUCGAAUACAUGUGCGAUGCCAUGGACUUGGACUAGCUACGGCCAGUGUCUCAUGAAGACAGCUGUCUGCGAAUAUCCAUGAUGAAAUCGCCACGCGUAGCUCUUUGUGUACAACAAUACGCCUCAUAAUUUGUCCAGCGAUAUACCCAGCGUAAAGCAUUCUGCGAGCGAGCUUCAUAUCUGGCAUUUGCAUCGAG